AACACCACCGCCGCGAUGCAUCACCUCGCACACGCAUGCCUCACCCAUGGACCUCGGCGGCCUUCGCUCCGAACACCACACGACCGCGGCAAGAAAGAAAGGACCCUGGACGCAGGAUGCGCGCUGCACACCCCUUCGCGCCCGCUGUUGGACUCGACUUGGUCGCCCAUGCCGUCAUGCCGCCACGCGCGUCGGGCACCAACGUCAACCUACCACGUCGCUCGCCCGUGCCACUCGUCCGUCAUCAGCCUGUUUCGACGGCAUGCAGCUCGCCGCAGCCCCCAGCGUCACCCUUCGCAGGCCAUCAGGCGCGCGUAGCCAAUGGGGCCUGGCGCGGACGUGGCAUGCAUCAUGUAUCAGAGACGCCUGUGACGCCUGUGACGCCUGUGCUCGGGUCUGACAACGAAUCUCGGGUGCCUGCCUGCCUGACUUUUUGUGAUGAUGAUGCCUGUUCUGGCUUGUGCCACUUCGUACUCUCUUGACGCCUGUAGCUCGCUCGCAUGCAUGUAGGCGACAGGCAACAGCAGUCUGUCUGCCUCACUCCGCUAUAUUCGUACGUAUAGUACAACCAUGUCGCAGGGUAAGUCUACGUCUCGCGUCUGAGCUCUUGUCCGAACCGCCACGUUCUCCUGCCUCGGCAUUUGCGCGCAUUGCAAAGGGCGCACGCUGUUCGUGGUCGACAUGUCAAGCAACGUCGACCAGGCUGGGCCAGACGCUGUGCCAUUGCCAGCGGAAGGGAGGCAAACCCCCGAGCAGUCCCCAGCACCGGAUGAGCACGUUACCCACACGGAGGCAAACACAAGUGAAGUCGACACCGCCGCGCCCGAGGGCGCUGGAGCUGCAGCCGAUACGCAUCCAGAUGAGGAGGCACCGGCCAGCCAGGACGAGAAUCCUGGAGCAGGAGGCGUCCCCAUAUCGCCCAGUUUGUCUCCAUGGCCGCCGUCUGGCGAGCGAGACCCGGCCCAGGGGUCGGCUGUCGAGGACGUUCCCGAGGAGAGUGACGGCUUGACAGGUCAGGCCGAUCCAUCGUCUUCGCCGCCUACAUCGUCCUGGGUAUCGACCCUCACGCCAACGACGUCACAAGGCGGCAGACGACCAGCCAAAGGCGGUGCCGCCAACUCGGCACCAAUCAAGCAUACAACGAACGGCCGCGGCGACAUUCCGAGCUUCAGACGCAGGGACGACGAGCAGAGCGCCAUCUUCCAUGCUCCUCGCCCGCGCCGACGACCGAGUGCGCUCGACUACCUCGUUGCCGACUCGCCGACGGGCAUACCGAGGGCGGCUCUCGAGACCAAGUAUCGCAGACUCGAGAUGUUGGCACAUGACACGCCGGCAUCAACCAAGAGCGCCCCCGCGCCGUCUGUCUUUCACGGACGCAGUGAAAGCCUGCCACCGGCAGACCCGCCUUUGCAGGACUAUGGACAGACUUUCUCGCCUCACGGAGAGCCUCCAACACCCCCAGGAGUGUAUCGCCAGCCCGUGCAGGGACUCCCUCCCGUGUUCGGGUCGCCAACCAUGACGCACGGAACGACCGCCAUGCCAGAUGGCCCGCUGCAGCAUGCACGGCCCAACAUGCUCCAGCCAAGUUACAGCAGCGAAAAGACUCCCAUGAGCGGCUACGAGCUCCUUGCGGCCAAGCUUGUCGGGGGCCUCGGCGGGCCGCCGGUGACGCCCAUUUACCGCCGGUUCGAGGCGCUCAACCACCGGCUGUUGCUGUACCUGCAAGCCGACCUGACCGAUCUCGAGGCCGAGCUGCGCUCCCUCGACAGAAAGGAUACCGUGGACCGCGGGUGCGGGCUCAUCCCCGCGUCGCGCCGACACGAGCGCUGGUCCAACACGGCUGUGUCGCAGCAGAGGACGGAGAUUCUUGGCCAGAUUGGGUACAAGCUGAGCCAGUAUAACAAGCUCAUCACGUCUUUCCGGCGCGUGCAGGACCUUCCCGGCGCUACGCUGGACGAGGCGCAGAGCUACAGAUCCUGGCUGAGCCGCAGCAGGCUGAUUGUCGAGGACGAGACCAAGUUUCUCGACCUCGGCGAGGACCUCGUGUGCUUGACACGAGACGGCGAUGCCGGGGACGAGUGCGCGCCAAACGACGGCGUGACGCCCAUGCCUCGAACGGCGGACGAGGUCGCCUUUCCGCCCGCCGCCGAGCGCAAGCCUCCCGUGUCCGACACGGGCAGCUUCGUCUGCGACGCCAAGAGCGAUCGGGAACCUCUGCAGGAGGUGAUACGAUCAAGCGUGACGCAGCUCGUGCUGUCCAUGUUCGUGGCGCUCUUCGUGCCCAUCGCCACCUUCACCGUGAUACCCACGUUCGCCGGGCGCGUCGUCGUCGUGGCCCUGACGGGGACGACGGUCGCGACGGUGGCAGGGCAGUCGGUGGCGCCGCUGCUGGACGUAGCGGUGUCGGACUGGGUGCUUUGUGGCGGCAUCUAUUGCGGUGCCAUGAUGCUGGCAGCGGCGGCGUUGGGAUGAGGACGACGAGCUUGUUGGAGGCUGAUGUGUCGUGUAUCACGGAUCUAGUGUAGGACUGUGUCUAAGCGGAUGCUGCCGUAUGUUUCGGUUUCACGCGCUGUCGAGCCAUCUUAUAAAAUCAGUUGCGUAUGUGCGAU